UCUACAGCCUAAACUCAUCGACCUCGACACAUUUCUGAGAUGUCCUGUCCUGACGUUAUCCAACCCUAGUUUAGCAAUUCCCUGUGUCUCCAAACUACAUGCAAUACUAGAUAGCUAGCUAUGUCUACAAUCUCUAAAGUUGUUCUAGGCGUUUCUGUGAUACUUACAGUCAGCACCGUUGCAGGAGUGCAUCUCAAACAAAACUGGGACCAAGAGAAACUUCAUGAGGGAGUACUUAGAGACAUUGAACGUUUGGAGAGGAAGAGCGAGAACCUGCGAGUGCUCGAACAACAAAGAAGUCUGACCAAGGAGCUCAAGGCAGAGCGCGACAGGAGAGAAUUGGGGCGACAGGACUCCGACCAACCCCAGUAGACUGCCUGACUCCACCUGGUGAUGAUGGAAAGUGGUGGUGAGCAGAGGGGCCAAGUGGAAGAUGAGGCCAUGUGCACCUCC